AGGCUUCCACACCUUUUCCACCAAGGAUAGUAUAUAUUCAGAUCCGCCAUCAUUUACUGCUCAGUAAAGCUUGCCACCUGAUGUACCAUUCAGCUGGGUGAAGUCUCUUCCAUUUCCAGAAGCCAGCAAUGAGUAGCUGCAGCUGUCUGCGCCCAGAAACUGACUCGGAGGAAGAGUACAAGGAGAGCCCAGAGAAAGAGCCGAAAGAGGAGCUAAGUGACAAAGUAGACGGAGAGCUGAUCUUUACUGCAGCCGUCGUGGGUGGUAUACACAAAGCACAAAGCAACCAACGGGAACGUGAGAAGGACCGCCAAAAAAUAAGAGAGCGAGAACGAAGAAAAGACCAUGAAAAACAGAGGGAAAAAGAUAAAAACACAGAGAGAGAAAAGGAGAGGAGAAGGCAAAGAGAAAGGCAGAGACAAGCUGAGAAACAGAGACAGAGACAGUCUGACAAACAAAAGCAGAGACAAGCAGAGAAGCAGAGGCAGAAGAAAAAGAAAUAACUUAUUUUGUGUACAUACCAUCAUAGUAGUAUGAUAAGUCCUUUAAAAAGAGUUCAGCCAGUCGCAGUGAUUAGGCUUUCAU